CUUAUUAGGUGGCUAUAUUAUCAUGAGAACCUCUCAUCUUGACUUUGGAAGCAAAGUUGAAGGUUAAUGAAGAGAUCAACGAUAAUGAAGGAAAUCACGGGCACAAGAAGAUUUAUGAGGGAUACCUUUGUAAAACUAAGGGUUGAGGAAUAUCAUGUCUGGUUAACAUCUAUUUUAAAAAAAUCUUAUUUCUCUUUUAUAUGGAAUUAAAUAUCUCGCUGUAAGUGUGUUGAUAGUUGCUUUUCUCAAGUCUCAACCGUCUGAUUUAAGUUGACGGUUGAGAUCUUUGAACUUUGUUAAACUGAUAUAUAAUUUGCACAGUUUGAUCACAAAUCAACCAUGGCUCCCCAUAUUUCUCAAUGCACGUUGUUCUCUUACAUUUCACUCUUUCACUUCAUUUUCAUCACAUUGGCUCAAUCUGAUAACUACAUCAUUCAUAUGAACUUAUCAGCCAUGCCCAAAGCAUUCUCAAGUCAUCACACUUGGUAUCUAUCAACUCUUUCCUCUGCAUUAGAGAAUUCUCAACUCGCAACAACCGAUAAUCACAAUUCUCCAAUUUCAUCUAAGUUAAUUUACACCUACACACAUGCCAUGAAUGGUUUCAGUGCUAAUUUGUCACCUAAAGAAUAUGAAUCUCUCAAAAACUCCCUUGGUUACAUUUCUUCAAUACCCGAUUUACCUUUGAAGCUUGACACAACACACUCACCUCAAUUUCUUGGUCUCAAUCCAAACAAAGGUGCUUGGCAUGAUUCAAAUUUUGGUCAAGAUGUCAUCAUUGGUUUGGUUGACACAGGUGUUUGGCCAGAAAGCGAAAGCUUCAAGGAUAAUGGAAUCACUAACAUUCCUUCAAAAUGGAAAGGACAAUGUGAAAAUAGCAUUCAUUUCAAUUCAUCACUUUGCAACCAGAAACUCAUUGGUGCAAAAUUUUUCAACAAAGGUAUAUUAGCUAAAUAUCCAAACAUCACCUUAGGAUUAAAUUCCACACGCGAUACAACAGGUCAUGGGACUCACACGUCGUCAACAGCAGCUGGAAGCAGAGUGGAACAAGCAUCAUUCUUUGGUUAUGCAAUUGGAACAGCUUCCGGUAUAGCUUCGAAUUCGCGUAUUGCAAUGUAUAAAGCUCUAUGGGAAGGCGGAGUGCAAUCGUCUGAUGUAAUAGCUGCAAUUGACGCUGGAAUAUCAGACGGUGUUGAUGUUCUUUCAAUAUCAUUCGGUCUGAAUGAAAUACCUUUGUAUGAAGAUCCUGUUGCAAUAGCAACAUUUGCAGCUAUGGAAAAAGGUGUUUUUGUUUCCACUUCAGCUGGAAAUAAUGGACCAGACAUUACAACAUUACACAAUGGAACACCUUGGGUUAUAACUGUGGCUGCUGGUACUACAGAUAGAGAUUUUCAUGGGACUCUUACACUUGGAAAUGGUAAGAAAAUCACAGGAUCGUCUCGUUAUAUAGGAACAUUCUCUACGGAUAAUGUUCCUAUUGUUUUCAUGGGUUUGUGUGACAAUGUUACGGAAUUGGAAAUAUUGAAGAGAAAGUUUGUGGUGUGUGAAGACAAGAAUGGAACUAGUAUUGCUGAUCAAGUCAAUAAUUUGGAUGCAGCAAACGUUUUUGGAGCUGUUUUGAUUUCGAAUGUCUCGGACACAUACUAUUCACGGAAUAGUUUUGCUACCAUCAUUGUUGAUCCAAUAAAUGGUGAAAUUGUCAAAGCUUACAUCAAGAGGUAUUACAAUUCUACUUCAUCGGCAAGCAUGUCUUUCAUGAAAACAGGUUUUGAUGUUAAACCAGCACCUACUGUUGAUUCUUAUAGUUCAAGAGGCCCAUCAUUUAGUUGUCCAUUUGUGUUGAAACCUGACAUUACUGCGCCCGGUACUUCGAUCUUAGCAGCAUGGCCUACAAAUGUUCCUGUGUUGCAAUUGAAUGCUCAUAAAUUUUUCAGUAAAUUCAAUAUAGAAAGUGGAACAUCUAUGGCAUGUCCUCAUGUUGCAGGCGUAGCAGCGCUUAUAAAAGGUGCACACCAUGACUGGAGUCCUGCGGCUAUUCGUUCGGCCAUAAUGACAACAUCAGACAUAUUUGAUAAUACUAACGAACAAAUCAAAGAAAUUGAUACAGGUUACAUAGCAACACCUUUUGCAUUAGGAGCUGGUCAUAUUAAUCCUAAUAGAGCACUUGAUCCUGGUCUUGUUUAUGAUGUUGGUGUAAAAGAUUAUGUUAAUCUUCUUUGUGCACUUGAUUACUCACAACAAAACAUCACUACCAUUACAAGAUCUUCUUCCAAUGAUUGCUCUAAACCUUCAUUGGAUCUCAACUACCCUUCUUUUAUUGCUUUCUUCGAUGGAGGAAAUUCUUCUUCAAGUACAGUACAAGAAUUUCACAGAAUAGUGACCAAUGUUGGUGAGGGACAAACAACUUAUGUUGCUAACAUUACUCCAAUUGAAGGGUUCCAUGUCAGUGUUAUUCCAAACAAAUUGGUGUUCAAAGAGAAGAAUGAGAAGUUAAGUUACAAGUUGAGGAUUGAAGUUUCAAAUAUGACAAAAUAUGUGAAUAUUGGAUCUCUAACUUGGAUGGAUGUAAAGCAUGUUGUUAGGAGUCCAAUUGUGGUCACCACUAUCUAUGUAAUGUAAUUGUAGUGAAGAAUGAUGUUGGAGAGGUUAUUAUCAUGAGUCAAUCGAUGAAUGCAAAUUAAGUAAUGAUAAAUAAUAUUCAUUUCUCACUUAACUAAAA